AUGAACAAUCCUUCCGUCAGUGGCUUCUACUCGCACCUGGCCCGCGGCCUCGACGAGCUCGAGAGGGGCUUCAUGGCGGACAGCUUCAUGUCGCUCCAAUUCCUCCAGCGCGUCGUCUCCCUCCUCCGGUCCUUCCACUCCCAGCUGACCCACCUGGUCCAGAAGCUCCACCUCCCCGUCGGAGAUAAGUGGCUCAACGAGUACAUGGACGAGAGCUCCCGCCUCUGGGAGGUCUGCCAUGUCGUCAAGCUCGGCGUCUCCGGCAUGGAGAAUUACUGCUCCAUCGGCGCCGACAUGGUGUUUUCCCUCGACGGGCACCGCCGCCCCCUCCCCCACCAGCUCUCCCGGCAGGUGGCGGCCAAUCCACUUCAGUGCUCUCCUCCUGCUCUUCCUCUGCGCCGGGCGUGACCCACUCCUCUGUUUUUUCUAAGCAGGUAAUGCGGGCCAUCUCCGGCUGCCGGAGGGAAGCGGCGGGGCUGGAAGAGGAGAACAGGGUACUGGUUGAAGCGAGGAUCCAGCCGCAGUCGCUCCGCUUCGACGAGAAGGUCCUGGUGGAGUCCAAGCUCAACGGCUUCAGCGGCUUCAGGGGCGUCCUCUACGCCAUGAGGAACGUGAGCUCGCUGCUCCUGUUGAUCCUGCUCUGGGGGAUGGUCUGGUGGGGGGCCGACCCGAGCUCCUUCAGGGGCACCUUCGAAGGGCCGCCCUUCUUCGGCUCGGGGUUCAUGGCGUCCAUGUCGAGGCUGCAGCAGCGGGUGGCGGCGGAGAUCGACGUGCUGGGUCGCCGCCCCGGGAUCUUGAUGCACGAAUUCCGGCAGGUGAGGGGGGCGAUGGAGGAGCUGCGGGAGGAGCUUGAGAAGGCCGCCGCCGCCAGGGGGUACGACUCCGGCGACGUGGGGCUCGUCUGGGAAAGGGUGGAGUGCCUGAAAGCUUGCUUCGGCGUGCUCAAGUCGGGGACGGAGAGCAUCCUUAUGCAGCUUGACGACUUCUUCGACGAGAUUGUCGAAGGCCGAAAGAAACUGCUCGACAUCUGCAGCCACCGGUAG